AGUAGUAAUUGGGAAAUCUGGUGAAUGUCUGUGUAAAAAAAUGUGUUAAUAUCCAAAUCAUAUAAUUGGAGAGUGAAAAUUGCAGUUCAAUCAACUUCGUUAUGAUCCUGGAUUGAGAAGGAAAUGCACAUUAGUCUCAUCUCCGCUGCGACCUUGGGAGCGCGUACAAAUAUGUAGAACACCGCUAAACGUUUCUCCAAUCCUCGUCGCCAUUUAUAAUGUAUCCUAAGGUGGAUCUUGGAUGCUGCUGCAGUGCUGCUUUGAAACAAGAUUGCUCAUGGCUCAGUGUACUCGGCAAUAGUCCUGGGAAGGAGAGCGCACCCGACGAGUAACCUCAUCCGUCGAGCGGCCAACAACGCUGCCUUGAAAUGAGCAGUUAAAAAUGCAGUGUCUGGAGAUGACAACAAAGAGGAAACUUAUUGGCCGCCUGGUGCCCUGCCGAUGUUUCCGGGGUGAAGAAGAAGUCAUCUCGGUGCUGGAUUAUUCCCAUUGCAGCCUUCAACAUGUACCAAAGGAGAUAUUCAAUUUUGAGCGAUCUUUGGAAGAACUCUACUUGGAUGCAAAUCAGAUAGAAGAGCUCCCCAAGCAAUUGUUCAACUGCCAAGCCCUCCGCAAACUAAGUGUGCCAGACAAUGAUCUUUCCAAUCUGCCCACCAGCAUCGCCAGCUUGGUGAAUCUACGAGAACUGGACAUCAGCAAAAAUGGUAUUCAAGAUUUUCCAGAAAAUAUUAAAUGCUGUAAAUACUUAUCAGUCAUCGAAGCCAGUGUUAAUCCCAUUUCCAAACUUCCAGAUGGAUUCACCCAACUGUUGAAUUUAAUGCAGCUCUACUUAAAUGAUGCAUUUCUGGAAUUUCUUCCAGCUAAUUUUGGAAGACUUACCAAGCUGCGCAUUCUGGAGCUCAGAGAAAAUCAUCUGAAAACUCUACCAAAGUCAAUGCACAGACUGACACAAAUUGAUCGAUUGGACCUGGGCAGUAAUGAAUUUACAGAGCUGCCAGAAGUCCUGGAACAGCUGCAAAGUCUGAGGGAGCUAUGGAUGGACAAUAACUCAAUACAAACAUUACCUGGGCCUCUUGCAAAGUUGAAACAUCUGACCUACUUGGAUAUGUCGAAGAACAGAAUAGAAACUAUUGAGUCAGAUAUUUCUGGAUGCGAAGGCCUCGAGGACCUCCUGCUUUCAUCCAAUAUGCUGCAACAGCUGCCUGACUCCAUAGGAUUAUUGAAAAAACUAACAACACUGAAGGUCGAUGACAACCAGCUAAAUGUUUUGCCCAACACAAUUGGAGGUCUUUCUGUUUUGGAGGAGUUUGACUGCAGCUGUAAUGAACUUGAAACACUUCCCCACACCAUUGGAUACUUGCACAGCCUCCGAACCUUUGCAGCUGAUGAAAACUUCCUGGUGGAAUUGCCCAGAGAGAUUGGAAGUUGUAAAAAUGUGACUGUUAUGUCUUUACGGACAAACAAACUGGAGUGGUUGCCUGAAGAGAUUGGACAGAUGCAAAAACUGAAAGUGUUAAAUUUAAGUGAUAACAGGUUGAAGAAUUUGCCAUUCAGUUUUACUAAACUUAAAGAACUGGCAGCAUUGUGGCUAUCUGAUAACCAGUCCAAGGCUCUAAUUCCUCUGCAAACAGAGUCUCAUCCAGAAACAAAACAGAGAGUGCUGACAAACUAUAUGUUCCCUCAGCAGCCACGUAACGAUGAAGUAGAUUUCCCUUCAGACAGCGAUAGCUUCAAUCCAACCUUGUGGGAAGAACAAAGGCAACAACGUAUGCAAGUUGCUUUUGAGUUUGAAGAGAAGAAAGAAGACGAGGAAGCUUCUGGCAAUGUCAAGGCUGAAAUAAAUCUUAAGCGCUAUCCUACCCCUUACCCAGAAGACCUGAAAAAUAUGGUGAAAUCUGUUCAGCACUUGGUAGGAAAACAUAACCAUGAAGGAUCUACAGAAAAUUCAACAGGUGCCACAAGUAUAGAGUAUGCUAUAAAAGAGAAAUAUGAACAUAAGUGGCCAGUACCAACAAAGGAAGCUACACUUGAGAGAUCAUUAGGUGAUUCGCCAAAUGAUUUGAGAAUGGGAGAACUGCGACUUGCACUUACAGAUACUCCGCUAUUCAAGCCCAAAGCUGUCCUGUUAGGUAAAGAGAAGAAAGAAUCAACAGAUGAAUCAGAGGGUGACAGAAUAAACAACAGUGGCUCCUCAGGUUCCUACUCAGAUUAUUCACCUUCCCAAGCAUCUUCAGGUUCUUCUGGAGCACCGAUUAAAGUCAGCACAUUGCAGACAGCAGUAAAAGAUGGUGUAGCUGCAGCUUCUUGGGGAAACAGCAGGUUAACACAAACAUUUCAACAAAAUAUUGAAGCAAAGCCUUUACUCAGCCAGAGAGAAACAGCAUCAACAGCAAGUCUACAGCAACGUGCCGAAAGACACCCAGUGAAUGACUCUUUUUCUGAUAAGUGGAAUGACAACUCACACUAUGAUAAUACAGGUUUUGUCUCAGAAGAAAGCACUUCAAUCUUAGAAAAUCCUAGUGCCAACCCUUUAAUAAGCACAAAAUCAAGGAGCACAUCUGCCCAGGGGCGUAGGCCUUUAAUGAGACAGGACAGAAUUGUAGGCAUUCCACUGGAAUUAGAACAUACAGUACAUAGUGCCAGAAGUACACCUGAGACUGAAGUGCCUCCAAGGAACCCUUGGCAAAACUGGACCAGGACACCCAGUCCAUUUGAGGACAGAACAGCGUUUCCAUCAAAAUUGGAGACUACUCCUUUCAGCAGUCCUAUUCCUGAUAGAAAAGAUUUGGGAGAGUCAACACGUGGAAUUCCAGAUUUUUCCAGUACAUUUUCAUCAGGUUCUCCAUGGAGUUUCCUCAAUUCCAGAGAAUCUAGUUUAAGUAGAGGGCAUAUGGACAAAUUCACACACACCUGCAGACCUGAAUCUGCCAAGAGUGCUAUUAUUGUCAGUAAGAGUACAGAGAGACUUGCACCAAUGAUGAGAUCAGUUAAAGCUGGUCAGUUUAAGAAAUCCCAAAGCAUUGAUGAAAUUGACAUUGGGGCCUUCAAGGUUUAUAAUAUACCACUGGACGGUUAUGGUUCCAGCUCAGAAAAUCCUUGUAGCAUUGAUAUAACAGAGCAGAUGCCACCCCAAGAACAAGGAAUGUCACGCAGUCUUUCUGCUCCAAUGUUGGAUGAAGAUUUAUCAGACGCGUAUGGAAGCAUAAAGAUCUCUCAGAAAAUUCCGAUUACAAAAAGAGUGUACCAUUUUGACCAAAGUUUCAAUCCCCAAGGUGUAGUAAGUGUUAAACCUGAGAGACGAGUAACCACCUCUUUUACGCAUAAUGUUGACUAUGGUGUGCAGCAGGGCAAGAAUACUUCAAAAGAUAUCAUUAACCCAUGCUCCUUCAGAGGCUAUGAACCCAUGGAACACAUGUAUUCAUUCUCACAGGCUACAGUAAAUGAUGAACCUAUGAAUCCUCGGUUUUCAGCUCAAGAGGACCGGGUUGGAUUCUUAAGAAGGGGUGACUCUAUGGCAACCUCUACAGAAAUGGCAUUGCAUCGAAGAGUUAACGAAGCCUCAGAGGCCCCCCAAAGUGACAGAUAUGUCAGGACUCACUACCGAGGGGUUUUAGAACAUCAAAACAGUGCAUCAUUGGUUGAGUCACAAUAUCUCAAAAGAAAUGAAAGGUAUGAUGAAGAUUAUUCAACGUUCCAAGACUUGAAAAAUCAGGGUAGGAAUUUCCAAGAUAAGCCUUUGACUCAGAGGAGGCCUUUGUCUGCGAGGAGCUACAGUACAGAAAGCUAUGGAUUUUCCCAAACCAGACCAGUUUCAGCAAGGCCUACCAUGGCUGCUCUGUUAGAGAAGUUACCUUCUGAUUAUAACAUUGCUAACUACAGUGAAAAGCCUUCAGCGAGCAAUGAUCUAAGAAUCAGGUCCUCACAGUUGAAAGGAGAUGAGAGCACCGCUAAAAUACCUCUAGACUGGAGACAACAACUGCUUAGGCAUAUAGAAGCAAAACGGUUAGAUAGGGCACCAUCACAACAGGGCAAUGUUCAUGACAGUGAGCUGGAAGAUAUAUCUCCAACUAGUCAGUGGAAUUCAUAUGCGUUGGGAAGACGGGAUGUGCCACCGGAGAACAUGAUAAAAAAGCUUCCUGAAUCUUUGCCUAAUGGGCUGAAUUACCCACAGGCAGGUAGCCACCCUCAUCAAGGGCAAAGUGCAUUAGGGACUUCACCACAAAGCCUACAGCAUCGAUCCAGGGAGCAACAGUAUGAAGGAGCUGUGUCAAAAGUAACGCUUCAGCAAUAUCAGAAGCCUUUGCAGAUUGCCAUUUCAUCAACGCAGAACGUUCCCAAUGCACGAGCAGCUCAACCCAGCAGAUGUCUAACAAGCAUUAAGCCACAAAAGAGUACAGAAAGUUACCAGGAGCAGUUUUGUGUGAGGAUAGAGAAGAACCCCGGUCUUGGUUUCAGCAUAAGUGGAGGAAUAAGUGGACAAGGGAAUCCAUUCAAGCCAUCUGAUAUGGUUGAUGCCAGCUAUCAAAGGAUGAGCAGAAGUCAGCUACAGAUGGUAAAGGGAAAUGGUGGAAUCUUUGUUACUAGAGUGCAACCUGAUGGACCAGCAUCCAACCUGUUACAGCCUGGAGACAAAAUCCUGAAGGCCAAUGGUCAUAAUUUUAUACAUAUGGAACAUGAAAAGGCAGUCUCGCUUCUUAAGAGUUUCCAGAAUACAGUGGAUCUGAUAAUCCAACCUUCCUGUGUGAGGAAAGCCAGGCAAUUUUUUCCGAUUUUCUUUUGCCAAUUGCUGGACCAAUGGCAACACUUGUGCCAAACUUACUACUAAGGUACUUAUCAACCAGUAUUAUAAUCUUUAAUAUUUUAUCUUCACAAAUGUAUCAUUUAUGAAAUUGAUGUUAAUGUGGUGAUUUUUCAGCCUGUCAUCUAGAGGCUGUGAAAUGGCAGGUCAUUUGGUGCAAAUGUUUAUAUAUAUUUAUUACAUAUAUCAUUCAUUUUCUGAGUGGAUUUUUUUUGUUAAGUAUCUGAGCACCAAAAGCACAUAUGCUCUUGAGGAAUUGCACCACCAUUAAAUACUGCCUCAAACUUGUACAUGUCCAUUUUUGUAAAAAGAAAAAAUGCAUCAACAAAUGCAAAUGAACUAAGAAAUUUAAAGCUAUUUUCUUAUCAAUAAUUGAAAGAUAAUUUGGACUUGGAGGGUUCAGCAAAUGAUGUUAUCUGUCAUAGAAACCAAUCCAAAAAUAACCAUAAAGUUGGAAAUGCUUUUAUACACAUUUAAAAAAAUUGGGGUAAAAGAUUUUUUUCAACUGCCUCUCUCCGAAAAAUUCUGAAUAUGUAAGUUAUUGGAGCAGAAAGAAAACAAGUUUAUUUUUAAAUUUAGAGUACCACCCCAAUGUUUAUUUCAAAUACACCAUUGAUAAAAUGUUACUAAAAUUCAAAGCACGUCAGCAUAAUAUUCAUAAGCAAAUUACCCAUUAGAUAUUUGUUCCUUUUAACAUUUAAUAGAAAUAAUUGAAUUUAAUCUACAUAUGUACUACAUUAACCAAUGUGCAUUCGUUCACAUGCUGACACUCAUUUCAUUUCCCUAUUGUCAUAUGCACAGCCUUGUACCAGAAUCAAAAAGGUACUCUGAAGUGUGUUACUUUCGAAAUGCAACAUAAGCUAAAGGCAGCCACUGCUCUUUGAAAAAUGUGUUCAAUUUGGGAAUAAAUAUCUGCAAAAGCUCAGGUUGUCUCAUUUCACCAGUCGUUUGUGGUUGAAUUUAACAAACCACAUAUAUAAAUGAUGUUGUCCAUAUAUUGAAUUAAUUAAUAUAAUUCUUGGCUCUCUAGACAAGAGCACUUAAUGAUACAGAUGAUAUUUUUAUAUAGAUCAGGGAUAUUGGCAUUAGGUUGAUAUGCAAGUUUCAUUUUACAAUAAAUAUUACAGUCACUCUCUUUUAUUUGUCUUUUAAAAUUUACUUUGCUUUUCUGCUUCAUCGAAUAUUCCUUUUCUGGUGAGGGAAUCCAUUAAUCAGAAUUCCAUUUCUCAUUCUACAGAAAGAAAUUUCUUUUGCUAUUUAAAAACUUAUAGAAACGACAUUUGACACAAUAGAUUUCCUUAUUUCCAUGGAAUUAUUUGGUUACAGAAAUAAUGUUCUGAAUGUUGAAACUUGUAAAAGUUGGUGCUCAAAACAAUUAACUAUCGAUAAUCUAUACACUUUGCAGAACAGUUUAAUACAUAAUAAAAACUCUAAUCGGAGUUUUUGAGAUGUCAGUUUAUAUCGUCAUAUCUGAGAUUUAAUUAAAAUAUGCAACUUCGUUAAAGAGAGAAAUGUAACUAUUUUUUAAAAUGACAUUUCUUGUUUAAUGCGGCGGUAGUGAAAGGACACUCAUGGCAGUUCAGUUGCACUUUAUCUAUUGUGUUUUAAAUAGUUUAAACAAAUAUGCAGUGGAUUGUAAGAUGAAUUAAUUUUGCAACAGCACCCAUCAACUUAUGUAACUGCUUUUGUAAAUUUUUAACCUUUGAGUUAUCGAAGUACUAAAAUCACAACUAUUCUUUCCUCGCCACUAAUCUCCCUCUUGGCACCUAUCCCUGGAAGCGGAAGAAGUGCUACAACUGCCCGUUCACCUCCUCCCUCACCUCCAUUCAAGGCCCAAAACAGUCCUUUCAGGUGAGGCAACAAUUCACUUGCCAAUCUACUUUAUCUGGUGUUCUUGAUGUGGCCUCCUCUGCAUUGGUGAGACCUGACAUAGACUGUGAGACCAUUUUGCCGAGCGCCUUCGUGAAAAGCUGGACUUCCUGCUAGCCAUUUUACUUCCAAUUGCCAUUCCCAUUCUGACAUUUUGGUUCAUGUCCCCUUCUACUGUCACAAUCAGGUUGGAGGAGCAACACCUCAUAUUGUGUGGGUAGCCUGGCAUGAACAUAAAUUUCUGUAACUUCCAGUAAUUUUUCCCCCUCUGCUUUCCCUCCCCACUUACCUCUUCUCCUCACCUGUCUAUCACUUCCCCCAGUACCUCUCCACCUUCCCCUUUUCCCAGGUCCACUCUCCUCUGCUAUGUGAUUCCUUCUUUUCUAGGCCUUUACCUUUUCCACCUAUCACCUCCCAGCUUCUUACUUCAUUCCCCCUCCCCCCUCACCUGCCAGUUUGUAUACCUUCUGUUCCCCCCACCUUCCAUUUCUGGUGUCUUCCCCCCUUCCUCUCCAGUCCUGAUGAAGGGCCUCAAACUGAAACGUUGACUGUUUAUUCAUUUCCAUAGAUGCUGCCUGACCUGCUAAAUUCCUCCAGCAUUUUGUGAUUUGCACUAAUGGACCAAUUUUUUUUAACUGCAAUAAUCUAGAACUACUUUAUUAAAAGAACAUGAUUUCACUCAAAUAUUUAUAUUUAUGCAUGGCUUUCUCACACAGGCCCUCAUUUUCUUUGGAAGGUCAUGUUAACUAUUUACUAAAUCUAAUAUGAACGCAAUGUUUUAAACCGUAAAUGUGAAUUUCCUUCUUCAUUCUAGUUUGCAUUCUUCAUUUCGGCAAGUAGUUAUUUUAUUAAUGUGCCAAAGCACUUGUAGCCUGAGUGCCUGGACAAAUAGGAGAAAAACUGGGGGUUGGGUUAAAAUUAUUUGUCCAAGAAUAAAAUGCAGUAGUUCUUCUUCACAACAUUGCUUGGUGUGCAAUAUUGCCUUCUGUAGAUGAAGCUUCAAAAUUCACUAUGGUGAAGGGAAUUAUCUGCAUUGUAUCAUCUUAGUCAAUGGAUCUGGGAAAAUCUAGGGCACCCAAGACUAUUCAGGCCAUCAAGUGCCAAGUCAAAAAAAAACUUUCCAGCAAUUAUUGUGUUGCCAUGCAGGUAAUGGCUAUACAAGUACAUAUUUGUAUACUGCUAAAAUUUGUUGAAAAUUUGCCAACGAUACGAAGAUAGGUGGAGGGGCAGGUAGUGUUGAUAAACUGAGUCUGCAGAACUUAGGACAGAUUUUGAGAAUUGGCAAAGAAAUGGCAGAUGGAACAUAGUGUAGGGAAGUGUUUGGUCAUCCACUUUGGUAGAAGUAAUAAAGGCGUAACUAUUUUCUAAAUGAGGAGAAAAGUCAGAAAUUGGAGGUGUACAGAAUUUGAAGUCCUUGUGCAGGAUUCCCUAAACUUACAGGUUGAGUUGGUGCUAAGGAAGGCAAAUGCAAUGUUAGCAUUCAUUUUGAGAGGACUAGAAUAUAAGAGCAAGGAUGCAAUUCUAACCCUUUAUAAGGAAUUGGUGAGGCCUCAGUUGGAGCAUUGUGAGCAGUUUUGGGCCCCUUAUCUAAGGAAAGAUGUGCUGGCAUUAUAGAGGUUCACAAGAAUGAUUUCAGGAAUGAAAGGUUUAACAUAUGGAGUGUUUGAUGGCUCUGGUCCUGUACUUGCUGGAGGUUAGCAGAAUGAGACGGGGAUCUCAUUGAAACCUAUCGAAUAUUGAAAGGCCUAGACAGCAUGGGUGUUUCCUAUAGUGGGCGAGUCUAGGAACGGAGGGCACAACCUCAGAAUCGACGAAUGACCACUUAGAACAGAAAGGAAGAGGAAUUUCUGUAGCCAGAGGAUGAUGUACCUGUGGAAUUCAUUGCCAUGGAUAACUAUAGAGUCCAUGUCAUUGAGUAUAUUUAAAGCGGAGAUUGAUAGGUUCUUGAUUUGUCAUGGCAUCAAAGGUUACAAGAAGGUGGCAGGAGAAUAAGGUUAAGAGGGAUAAUAAAUCAGACAUGAUGGAAUGGCAGAGCAGACUCAAUGGGCUGAAUGGCUUAAUUCUGCUCUUAUGCGUUAUUUUUAGCUAUAGGUAAUAACAUAUUACAUUGUCAUCCAUGCAGCUGAGUUGCACCUGUCUCCACCAUCUGUGUAAAAACAUUUAACGACUUGUCUCCUCUACAAAUUACAUUAAAUCUCUGUUCCUUGGUGUUUGACUUUCCUGCUAAGUGAAUACAUUCUCCCCAUUUCUGCCUCUCGUUUUGUAUCAGCUCAUCCAAUCUUUUUUCAUUAACAACAAUUACCCAGUCCUGGAGAUGUCUAGUAAAUCCCUUCUGCAGCUGUGCCUGUGCAAUCACUCCUUUCUUGUUAUUUUGCAUGCAAUUCAAGCAUUACAUCCAAUUCAUAUUUUUAGCCAUAGGUAAUACCAUAUUACAUUGCUUAAUUACUGUUAAUUACUUAAUUGACCUGUCUGUUAAGAACCAUGCACAUCCAGAGCAUUUUAUUUAUUUUCUCAUCUUGUUGCAGCUCCUCAAAAAUAUUACCAUGCUUUAAUUAAAUUCCAUUUGUCAUUUUUCUGCCAACUAACCAGUCCAUUUAUAUCUCAAAGUACUGAUGUCACUGUAUACUACCUUGAGAUUCAUUUCUGCAACUUAAAGCUUUACUCUUUACUGUCAACUCCAAUUUGCAUUUACUAAUUAAAUCCAAUAUCUUUAACAUGUUAUUUUACUGUUUUCUAAUCUUUUUCACCUCCACUAAAGAUGUGGGGUUGGGGAUUCACCACCUCCAACUAAAAGGCAAAAUUGAUUAAUUCAAUCAACAUCUCUUUUGGAUUUUCAACAUGUGCUGUUACAGCAGUAUAAUUCAAACAAUUUUUUUUUGUUCAGGCUCUGAUGGACUAAUCAUAUCUUUUGCUAUUCUACAUACCCCUGUUGGUUCUAUUAAGAGUUUUUUCUACUUAAUUAAUAUUAGUUUUUAAUCACCUUUCAGUUAAAGUCACACUUCCAAUUUUUCUUUGAGACUAUUUUGAAGAAUGUUGCCAAUAACAGCCGGGUGUGCUUUCCCUAUAGAGAGUUCCAAAUUUAAUUCAUUGAAAAAUAAAAGAGGAAAGUUUAAAUCAAAUAUUUGUCCAAGUAUUUUCUCCACAGGGUCCUUGCUAUUUGAAACCAGAGAAAACCUCCUGCAAUACAACAUUCUUGUUGAAAAGGAAAGGAAUCCAAGUUUAGUGAACAUUUUGUAGCUGGAUAGUGCAUGGAUGAGUUUCCAUAAUGCAAAGAUAGAAGGGAAACUAUCCUCAGGCCUCCCUGGUUUAGAUAUUACAGAACAGAUUGCAUUGUAAAAAUGAACCCUUACACAAGUGCAGCUUUGUUGAUGUAAAAGAAAACAGUCACUUUUCUAUGUCAUAAUUCAUAAAUGAGAAAGUUAUAGUAAAAUUUAGUCUAACUGCAGUAUUUUGUAAAUA